UUUUGAAGUAAAAGAUGAUAACUCAUUAUAUUUGUCUUAGCCAUGUUACAAGUGUGGUACUUCUACAGUAGUGGAUGGAAAAACUUAACAUAGGUUUAUCGGCUCAUCAUUUGUUUUGUGGAUUAACUUUUCAGUCAAUCUAUAUGGUAUUUCAUUCAAGUGACCUAUGACGUAUUUCUUAAGACAAGUUGUUGCUCAGGAUAUUGAUGAUCCCAUUAUCAUCGAUAUCGAAGAUCCUGAAUUUAUUAUAGGAAGAGCUAGUAUUUUGAAGCUAAGAGAACAUGGCAUGGUAUCAAGAAAGCACGCAUCGUUUCAGAAAACUAGUAGAGGAUCAUUAUGUAUUAAAGACUUAGACAGUACGUAUGGCUUGUAUGUAAACGGCAUAAGAAUAGAUAAAAGUUUGCUGUAUGAGUUAAAUCCUGGAGAUAUGAUUGGGUUGGGUGUGUCAGACAUCUCUAUGAGUCCCGAAGGGUUUGUGGCCUUUCUCUGUGAGCGUAAUCCUAGGAAGGAAGUGAAGAGGGAAGUUAUUAUAAUAUCCGAUGAUGAUGAGGACGUUUCCCCUAGUACUGUAAAGUCAAAUAUAACACAGUUUGUUGAUCAGGGAAUACAAACCAAUAGGAUUGAUACUGGAAAGUUUGAAGAAGUUGAAAACAAUAAGAGUAGUGAAGAAAUGAGUUUUCCUCAAGAAAAUAAAUCCGUUUCUCAUGAAACAAAAAAGCAAGUAAUCUUGUCAUCAUCAUCAGAUAGUGAAGAUGCUAGCAAUAUAAUAGACUCUAAAAUUUCCUCUAAAAGACCAAGAAUAUUAUCUGACGAUGAAAAUAAUGCAGAAGAAACUUUUACUUCCAAUCCAUCUUGUUCAGGGAUGCAGAACACUGAAUCAUUUUCAAGUUCUGCUGCAUUUAGACAACAAAAUACUGCUAAUAUUUUCAGGCAGAUGGACCUUGCUUUAAAUGGCAUUAAAGAAGAAGGGGCAAGAUCAUUGCCUGUUAAGGACAAUGGUCCAGAAGCAUAUGAACCUGUGCCCUCUCAUGGAAAUGACAAGUCCACGUCUUUUCCUAUUUUAUUGUCUACGGAAAAAAUCGCGAUAAAGAAAGAGGUUGAUGAUUUCGCAGCACGGAACCCAAAUGCCCGUAUAAAAGAAGAUUCCUUUUAUUCUCAAGAUGACGACGUGAUCACAAUAUCUGACGAAGAAUCGUUCCUUGACUUCUCAUCAUCUCAGACUUUCAAACAAGAACCUCCUUCAGAAUCAGAUGAUGAUCUUAUUUUCGAUAGUGAUGUUGAAGCUUUGCCUAACAUGGAGGAGGAACACCCAACUGGUACAGAAACAAUAGAAAGUAUUGAAUCAUAUAUAAAUGAUGACUGUAAUAGGAAUCGUACAGACGUGUCGAACAGACAUCCACAAGUGUCUGUUCGACAUUCGGUCAUAGAUGAUAAUAAUUCUGAUUCUAGUGUGGAUGACACAGCUGAAAGAAUAGUAUACGCAUCCAAAGUACCUCAAAAACGUAACAAAGUUCCAAUUCCUGCACGCGUUAAAGGUGUUCAUAAAUUUUUAAAGGAAUCACAUGCAAACUUUCCUAAAAUGCAACGAAAUAGCAAUUUGCCUGACGUUGAAGGUUCUCAUAAAUCUUUAAGUGAAUCAGGGACAACUUUUCUUGAACAGCAGCAACAUAUGAAUUCACUUGAUGUUGUACGCACUCGUGAAUCUCAAACAAACGUUAAUUUACCAGAGGCAAUCAAAUCUAGGAUGUCGAUACGGAAAACAUUGCUAACUGAACCCAAACCUUUGUCGGCUCGACCGCGUAAGUUAUGCGGAAGAGGAGAAGUAGUAGAUAAAGUAACAGACAAGCGUGCAGUGCCAUAUAGAAAAAAAAGGACUUACAAAAAUGUCGAUGUGUCUAAUAAUAAGCCAAAAGAAAAACUGCUCAACAGUAAACUGAAAGGGCGCCAUCCUUCCAGCAGCUCAGAUGCAGUAAACAUUGUAAUUAGUGAUAAAAAAAUUAACAAUUAUCGAAUUCCUAAAAAGAAAAACACUGAUGGUUCAGCUGAAGAUAAAGCACGUCCAAAUGACAAGUAUUUAGACAUUAAUAAAUUAAAAAUAACAGAGAAAAAAACUUCUGUUAAGAGACGGCCUGAAAACUUUGGAUCAAGAAUGGCAUUUUUAACACAAGAUGUCCCGAAUCAAGUGCCAAAGAAGAAACUUCCUAAAAUUGCUAAUACUAAAAAUUUAAAUGAUUAUAAUUCUUCUCGAAGUUCCCAUAGCGCUCACAGCAGUAAUACGCGAAAUCAAGAAACACAUCAUGCAAUGUCCAACCUAGUUGAAAAAAAUAAAGUAACUCCCGGUCUGCAGAACUCCCAUGCACAGAGCUGUGUUAGCAUGCGGGACCCUCGUCAAAACAGAAAUAAACAAUCUUCAGAUAUGAAUUCCUCAGCUAAAAAAAUAAUUGUUUCAGAAAAUGCAAUGAAUACUCUCCCAAGAAAGGAAAAAGCCAAUUCCUUUUUUUCGUCUUCUUACGGUACACGAUAUGCUGUCCUAGAAAAAAUCGUGAACUUACAAGUGAAGUGGUUAAGAGAAUAUUCGUCCUUCAAGAACCGGCCAGUACCAUCGCCACCACCAGAUGUGAGAGAAGGCGUGGAUCAUUUGCCACUUUCAUUCAAUUCAAUUGAAUCUUACAUGUCUGCAUUUAAACCGAUGUUAUUGUUGGAAAUCUGGGAAAUGAUGUAUGAGGAAUCAAAGGAAAUAUAUAAAAGCAAUUUCAAUGUAAAUAAGUUUUAUUUCAAAGUAACACAUUGUAGCAACAAACAAGAGCACAAUAUGACGCAGAUAGAAUGUGUGGGUGUUGUAAAUAACAGCGUCUCAUUUGAACCGUACGAAGGUAAUCUAGUAAUUUUGCACCUGGGCUAUGCAAAGGAAAAGCGACCCAUGUUUGCUUAUAUAAUGAAACAUACUAUAACAAACUGUUUUGAUCCCAAUCAAUGGAAAGAAAUGGGCGAGGAAUGGGUUGAAAAUGCCAGAUUAUGGACUUUCACAGCCUUAAUAAAACGGAGAGAUCAACAGCCUUUCCCAUCAUUGAAGAAACUUAAUAAAGGGAAUGGCUUAUGUAAUUUAAAAAGCAAAUUGAAAUUAGUAAAUGCCAUUUCGUGUUUGUCCUCCACACCUUUAUUAAAUGCAAUACUGAAGCCUACUCCUAAAGCAUUUAGCGUUAAAAUAUUGGCUGAAACGCCUAGUAGAGAUUAUAGUAAUAUUCAAAAGAGGUUUAUUCUGAGUAUCGGUGCUGAAAUUUUACAAAAUAGUGCAGAACCAAAAAUUAUAUUGCUUCAAGGACCUCCUGGUACGGGGAAGACUCGUACUCUAAUUGGUCUUUUAGAACAUUUAGUACAUAGCCAAACAGAAAAAUCAAAAGUCUUGGUAACUGCACCAUCUAACGCUGCUGUUGAUGAAAUCGGCAAAAGGUUGCUCAAGUUGAAUGAAGAGCUCAAGCAUACCAAUACUUUUAUUAAUUUUAUCAGAAUUGGCCAAAAAAAGUUAAUCAGUAAAGACAUGUUAAACUAUUCCCUUGAUCAUAAAGCUCACAAACAAUUUGAGAUUGAUAUUGCUGCAGAAAAAAGGAAAUUGGAACGCGAUAUUGAAAAUGAGAGGAAACAAAUGCGCUCUAAAAACCUUGAAGAAGCAAGACAGCACAAAAAUAGAUACGAGUUCUAUAAAGCACAAUAUGAUAUUGAACAUCCUUGGAAUACUGCCACAGCUAAUCGUUACAGAAAUAAAAUUCUUAUUGACGCAAACAUAAUUCUCUCAACUUUAGAUAGCUGCACGGGAGGUGAUUUAGCUCAUGUAUUCAGACAUCAAGAACAAUACUUUUUCUCAUGCUGUAUUGUCGAUGAAGCUACGCAAUGUACCGAGCCAGAAGUUCUACAGCCCCUGAUGUUUGGCAUGAAGAAAUUGAUCUUAGUUGGGGACCAUCGGCAGUUACCUGCUACUGUGAAAUCAGAAAUGGCAAAGAACAAUUUCUUUGAUCGUUCUGCGUUUGAAAGAUUCGUUAUGUACUUCGAAAAUAAGUGCGAUAGUAAUCCCUUGUUAAUUUUAACCGAGCAAUAUCGCAUGCACUCUCAAAUAUGUUCAUUUCCAUCAAAAUACUUUUACAACGGGUUGCUAAAAACGGCCCCAGAUACUGACAUUAAAUACAUGAAAUAUCCCCUUCGUCCCUUCGUUGUUCUCAAUAUGAUGGAUGGUCAGGAGUCGAGUGGAAGUUCAAAGACGAACCAAAAUGAAGCAAUGAGCAUCGUGAGCAUUUGCGCUCAAUUCUUGGAAAUCAGCUCUGCGUCAGCUAUUGGGGUUAUUACGCCUUACCGUGCUCAACAGAGGCUUUAUGAGGAGGCUCUGUCUCAUAACCCUGACUACAGGAAAAUUGAAAUCAAUACUGUUGACGGAUUUCAAGGAAGAGAAAAAGACGUUAUUAUUCUGUCAUGUGUUCGCGCUAACAGUUCAAGUGGCAGCAUAGGUUUUCUUGCAUGUAGAAAACGUAUGAACGUUGCAAUCACGCGUGCACGUCAGUGCCUGAUUAUUUGCUGUCACGCUCAAUCAUUGUCUAAGAACAAAGAUUGGGAAGCUUUGAUUUCGAAUGCUCGAGAACGGAAGUGUCUUUACAAUGUGACAUCACAUAAAGAUAUCGCUCUAAUUUUUCAUAAGAACCUCAGAAAGACUGGGCUGUAGACAAAUGACUCGAGAACUUAACAUUGAAUUUAAGGAAACGUACUGCUGCGUGAUAUUCCAGUUCCGAUCAGUUUAGUAUUUUAUUGUAUAAAAUUUUCCAAAUACUGUGUUCACGGGUACAUUGACCAAAAUCGAAACACUUGUUCUGUUAAAAAUUUUAUCGUAACAAAUAUUCAAGCUUGUUUUUUAAUGAUUAGCUAAACCAAUUCAAAAAUAUACCAAUUUUUUAUUUUUUCGUUUUUAAGUUUGUAUAGUAUUGUUGUUUGUUCUGUGAGAUUAAUCAAAGUUAUUUUACUGUUGUUUCGUUCUGUGAGAUUCGCGCUGUCUUACUACUAUUUCAUUCUGUGAAGUUAACCUUUAACUAGGCACAUAAUGAUUUCUCCCCCCCCCCGCCACGUGUUUAAAAAAAAAUAUUUCCUUUUCUGCGAUAAAGCAAUAAAAAAACUGAUCAUGUACUUGUGAUACAUUUUUUAGUAAGAUUCUAAAACACUUAUGAUAAAUGUUUCUCAAGUUAAUGACUUUGUUUUUCGAUACUUUUUUUAUUGCAAAAUUUAUUUUCGACAGUAAGACAUAGGUCUAGAAUGAUUUUUGCUGCUUUAAAGACUAUUCGGGCUCUCUAAUUUAUUAUCAACAAUGUUGCUAACUGUAACUUAUUUCUUUUCAUUAAAAAAAAUCGAUUCGUAAUAGCAAACCCAUAAUUUUUGAUACAUCUUUCGAAGCAGCAGUGAUUCUGUGCCCAGUUAAGGGUCAACUCCGGCUAUUGUAUUGUUAUUUUGUUCUGUAAAAUUUACUCGAUUGUGAUGUACAUAUGACUACGUUUGUGGUUUCGAUUAAAUUUGCU